AAAUACGGAACCAUGUGACCAAACAGUCUAUUUACCAAGAUGGCGACGUUUCUUGCAGUUCCUUUGAAGCAAACUCAGGAAGUUGAACUAACAAAACCAUUGAGAAGUUUCAUCCAAAACACAUUCAGUCAAGCAGAACCAGACGAUUACAACCAUGCCCUCAAUGAAUUCAGCAAGCUGAGAAAUUUAAUGAUCGCCAAAUCUGUUGACAAACACGAAUCAGCGUUAGAAGUCCUCUACCGGUAUUAUGACCAGCUGUGUACAAUAGAAAACAAACUGCCAAUUGCAGAAAAUCAGAUAAGAGUGAACUUUAAGUGGAGAAAUGCCUUUGACAAAGAAUCAUUAUUUGGUGGAAAGCAGAUUUUGGGUAUUGCUUCCGGUGCUUAUGAGAAAGUGUGCAUGCUGUUUAACAUAGCUGCCCUCCAAAGUCAAAUAGCUGAAGUCCAGAACCAUGAGAGUGAUGAGGGACUCAAAACUUCUGCCAAGUACUUUCAGAUGGCUGCGGGGAUUUAUGGUCAUCUUAAAGACAUCGUUCUCUCACAUGUUCAACAAGAACCAACCCCUGAUCUGAGUCCAGACACACUCAAUGCCCUGUGUUCACUCAUGGUGGCCCAGGCCCAGGAAGCCAUCUACAGAAAAGCUGCCGCAGAUAAGAUGAAGGAAGCAAUGGUGGCUAAGAUUGCUCACCAGUGUUCAGAUCUCUACAGUGAUGCCAUGAAACUGAUGCAGCUUGCCUCCCUGAAAGAUCUCUGGCCAAAGGAUUGGAUUCCUUUGGUGGUAUGCAAACAAGCUGGAUUCCAUGGAAUGUCAGAGUUUUAUCAAAGUUGUGUGGCUCAGCAGAGCAAGUCUUAUGGUGAACAAAUUGCCCGCUUACAGAAAGCCAAUGAACUUCUAACAGCUGCCCAAACAAGGGGUGGGGCCAUUUUUAGUUUCAAAACAGAACAGGGCCGUAUUCAGAGAGAGCUGCAGGCCGCCCAGAAAGACAAUGACUUCAUCUACCAUGAUAAAAUUCCCGACAUAAAGUCUCUUCCUGGAGUUGGAAAGGCUGCCAUUGCUAAGCCAUCCUCGUUCUCUAACAAAGCAAUGAGUGAAAAGUUCACUGAUCUAUUUGAAAAGCUUGUUCCAUUACCAGUUUAUGAGGCAUUGACAGCUUUUGAAAAUAGGAAAACACAAAUAAUGAACACAGAGAUUGGUAGACUACGGGAACAGACACAACUUAUGAACAGUAUUUUGGCGUCCCUGAAUUUACCAGCAGCGUUGGAAGAUUUGUCUGGUAAGAAGGUUCCUCAAUCAGUUAUAGAAAAAGCCCAACAGGUCAAGGAUAUUGGUGGGAUACAGUUCUUAGAUAAAAUAAUGAAUGACUUGCCAGAACUACUGCAAAGGAACAGAGAAAUCCUCAAUGAGUCGACUAGAAUGAUUGAGGACGAGGAGGCUUCAGACAAACAGCUCCGAGAACAGUUCAAGGAGAAAUGGUCUCGUACUCCCUCCAGUAAAUUAACCCAACCCAUGAGAGAUGAGAGCAUGAAGUACAAACAGAUACUGGACACUGCAAUCAAUGCUGACCGUACUGUGCAGGAAAAGUUCCAAAAACACAAACAUGCCAUAGAAAUGCUGUCCAAAUCUCCAGCAGAUAUAGAGAAAUCACUACCGUCUGGGGGAGGUGCUCAAGCCUCUGAGGGCAGCGGAGCGGUGCAGAGACUCCGAAAACUGAUGGAAGAGGUAGAAACUAUUAAGGCUGAGAGGGAAGUUAUGGAAAACGAACUCAAAGAUGCCAAGUUUGACAUGACUAGCAAGUUUUUCUCAGCAUUGGCAACAGAUGGUGCAAUUAAUGAGGAAAUGUUAUCUGGAAGUGAAUUAGACAGAAUUUAUGGACCUUUACGACAACAGGUCUCUGACAGUCUACAAAAACAGGACUCUGUAAUGUCCCAGGUCCAGACGUCCAACAUGGAAUUUUGCCAAGCAAAAGCUUCAGAUCAAAGUGGAGCACAAAGGGAGGCAAUGCUGAAAGAUCUAGCGGCAGGCUUUGAUAUGUUUAUGGAACUGAAAAGCAAUUUAGAAGAGGGAACUAAGUUCUACAAUGAUUUGACACCCCUGCUUGUCCGCCUGCAGAACAAAAUUUCUGACUUUUGCUUUGCACGGAAGACAGAGAAAGAUGAGUUGAUGGCUGAUCUUCAGAAAUCGAUUGCCAAUCAACCAACUGGACCCACACCUCCUCCUCCCAGCUACCAGAGUCCUCAAGCUACCACACAAAGUCGGGCGCCACCUGCUCGCCCGCCACCACCCCAGUUUUCUUCUGCUCCCUCGGGGCCUCCACCCUCGUCCAGUACACCAAGUGGUCCACCAAACACACAGUCAGGGCCCCAGUCUUACACAAGUGCCCCAUCAGGGCCUCCUGCUGGAGCUUACUCCUAUCAAGGAGGCCCCCCUCCACCACCAUAUAUGUCUGGAUCAAAAACCAGCACAACCACUAAUACUACUAACACUAGUAGAGAACAAGCCAACCAGCCAUCAGCUCCGCCCACACAGCCCCCCUCACAAAGCUACGCUGGAGCAGGUCAACAAUCAUGGGGGAAUGCACCUUACCCCCAGACAGGGGGAGGUUACCAGGGCAUGCCGAUGCCAGCCAUGCCGUCAGGAUUCAACCCGUACAAUCCUUACACGCAGUAUCCCCAGCCACAGGGAUAUCCCACUCAGGGCUUUCCACAGCAGGGCUAUCCACAACAGUAUCCCGGCCAGGGCUAUCCACAGCAACAGUUUCCACAACAAGGAUAUCCCGGUAAUAAUCCACCCUAUCCACAGCAAAACCAGUGGAGAUAAACAAUAGUGCACUCUAGAUGGAUAGAGAAAACUCUGGUAGAAUUAAGCUGAAUAAUAAGACUAAAGGGAAUAUCCUUCUUUUUUUUUGUAAAUGCAAAUGUUUCUGUGCUUCUUCAUGUGCUAUACUGGCCAAUGUGAUAAUAUUUUGAAGUAUUUAUACAAUUUCGUUUCAUUUCAUGUCAAGAAUGUGUGAUUUAGAUAUCUUUGAUUCCACAUGGAUACUGGUAGUAAGCUGUAAUUUGAUGUGUUAAGUAGUUGACUAUUGCUGACUUUUUCAUAUGCACUGUCAAAGUAAUGUAUCAGAAGAGUGUGCCUGAUUACAAAACCUUUACUUCAUAAUGUGUAGUCGUGACAACAGUUUUGUCACAGGUGAUAAAGUGUAGAUAAGUGUAAAAAUGAAAUGUACAAGUUUUAUUGUAUGUGUUCACACCGGGAUGUCAUGGAGUGUAUGUACUAAUGAUGAAACUCGGUGGAACAAAGAAAUAUUAAUGAUUUAAGGUGUUGUUCCAUAAUCUUGUCAAAUGUAUAUUCAUACCUUUUGCAGUGCAAACAUUUUUUUUGCAUACAUAUUUAAUAAAACUAAAUAUUUACUUUCAUCACUGAGGAGUCUUUAAUGAAACCUUUACACUUGUGUUAUGUGCAUUCUUGCUUGGUGUGAAAAUUUUUGACAUCAAACAUUUAAGUGUGUACCUGCUAUAUACAAGAGCCGUUUAAAAAAUAUGUAAACAAGGUAUAUAUUCUGGGUGUUAAGGGAGGGAGUUAAAAGCAACAAACAUAACAACUAAAGGUUAGUUCUGCUACUCUCCAUUAGAUAUUACCCACAAUGCCACACUGGGGGCACAGUCUGCUUUAUACAUUAGUAAUAAUAACUUUAUUUCGAAAGACAUACAUCUUAUAGUAUUAUAACAAAAUUGAACAUGGAUAAUAAUUACAAAGCUGAAAAUAAACGGCCAAUUCUUACAAAGAUAAACGGCCAAUUCUUACAAAGACAUCUAGCAGACAAUAGUAUAUAGUAAAUACAAUAGUAUAAUGAUAGUGAAAAAGGAGAAUGAUGAUACAAAUGACAUAUUAUGGACUGUUCUUAGUUCAAGAGCUUUACAAAUAAAUAUUCCCAAGUUACAGAGUUCUUGUAACAACAUCAUUUGAAAACAUUUCUGUACUGUUCUUGGUAUGUACUUUGAUUUGUCUGUUGUGUGACUAAUAGAUUGAAAUUUUUUAAAUCUAUAACUGCUGGAAAGAUAGUGAAACUAAAGCACAUUGGAUUCAACUGACAAUUGCUUGUAAUAUUCAUAGAUCAUUUUUGAAAAACAUUUAGUUUUAAAUCGACUCUGCGUUUGCUUGGCGUAAUUUUAUGUACAGAUGGUGUUUUCCCGUGUACAGCAUGAAAUAUUUUCAUUUAGCACUGCUUUGUGAAUUCAUUUUGACAUCAUUUGACACAAGCCAUUUUCAUAGCAAAGUGAAUGUAAAGGGGAAAAAAUAUCUUUGGAGCCAAUUCAUAUUUGAUGUCAAAAUUUGACAUGAUUAAUUACAUCAUGUAAAUUCUGAAUUACAAGAAACAAUUUUUUUUUCAUGCUCAGGAAAAGAAAUGAUGACAUUGUGUACAUGUUCUUAUAACGGCCCUUGUAAUUAAUUAAAGUUAUUUGAUGUUUCUCUGUUUAUAGACAUUUGGAUAUGAAAAUAUCAAAAGAAACAUUUUUAUCUUGAACACUGAGCUGAGACAGUUUAGCGAUAUUUUGUAUACAGAACCUCACAAAGUUGUAAUCUCUGCAAGUUCUGUGUCAGAUGAUCCACAAAGCAUGGAUGUGUUACUGUAAUCUCUGAAAAUUCUGUGUCAGAUGAUCCACAAAGCAUGGAUGUGUUACUGUGAUGUUGCACAAGAUUGAUUGUUGUAUAAUUAAAGAAAUUAUUAGGUUUCAUUUUGCAUUGUCUUACAGUGCUCAUAUUUAUUUUCUGAUAAAUACAGUGAACAAUUA